AUGGUGCGUACGUACGAAGUGAUUGGAUGUUUUAGGAUGCCGCGACGAUCGAAAGUGGUGCCAGCGCCAUCUGGUGACGGAGUUUUCACCAUUGAUAUGUCAUCGACUUCGACUUUAGAUAUAGCUACAGUAUCUCCACAAGCACCGGCGGUGGAGAUGCAGGCCCGAAGGAACCUACUCUGGCAUUUGCUCAUCGAUCUACCUAUUUUAUUGCUUGUUGCAGCAGUAUGCAUACUUCUGGAAGUUGGUGCCUUACCAAGUCGACAGAGCGGCUUCAGAUGCAAUGAUCCCGACCUCUCUUUCCCCCACAGAGGGGACACUAUGUCCAUCUCCCUCGUUGCUGCUAUCACAGUUAUCGUACCGUUUAUUAUAAUGUGGGCAGUGGAAGCGGCUCUACACAGAGAGGAUGAGUACACCCUCAAGAAGAGCAAAAUUUACGAAAGUGCUCAAACCUCAGCGUUGAUGUACCGCGAUUACAUCUACGGGGCGAUUGUUAACCUGACAAUCAUGGAGAUAGUGAAGUGCGUGGUGGGCUCCCCGCGACCCACUUUCUUCGACUUAUGCGAACCCGAUAAAGCCAGCACCUGUAACGACUCUGAAUACGUAACGAGUUACACCUGCACGUCAACGCGUUACUCCAGGUACCUCCAGAUCGACGCCAGCAGAAGUUUUCCAUCAGCACACACGUCUCUUGCUGUCUACUGCGGUUUGUUCUUAGCGUCCCUCCGAUCUACUAUAGUUGAAGAAGUCUACCAAUCUGGUGUAAGUGUACAUAAUGGGGUCUUCAACCCCGGAUAUCCGUCUAAGAUGCUCCACCCCAACGAUUACGUUGCAAUUUCCCUCCAUAGCUGUAAUUAUGCUGAAGAUGUCCUCCAACGCCGUGCAUUCAGCUGGCACAAUCGUUCCGUCCUCAUCGUGCCCCUGGUGCAGAUCCUCUGCAUCAUUUACGCGGUGACCUGUCCUCUCACGAGGAUAACUGACAGGAGACACCACUGGUGGGAUGUACUGGCUGGAGCGGUUAUGGGCUUCUGCAGUGUUCUGUAUACUGUACUGGUCCUCUGCAAAAAUUUCUCCCGAUCCUCCGUUGUCAGCACCAGCGAUAUAUCCAGCAGCGACGGUAACAACCACCAAUCCGUACGACGGCUCCUCUCCCACGAGCCUAGAGUGGUGGUACCAUAA